AUGAACCCCGCGAGUACCCGAAAGACGGCGCUCAUCGUCAUCGAUGUUCAAAAUGGUUUCCUGCAUCCUACGCACUGGGGCACAAGCAGAAGCACGCCAGAAUGCGAAAAGAACAUUGAGAGGCUUUUGAAAGCAGCUCGUGCUCACAACAGCACCAUACCAGCAGACAGCCCAGACUCCAUUCUGAUCGCCCACGUCCUACAUCACAGCAUCUCUUCGGACUCACAAUUGCAUCCCUCGAAGCAAAUCGAGUCCAACGGGCAGACUUUCAGAGCGGUGGAUGCUCAAGAAUUUGCAAAGCCGCUGGCCGGCGAGUCCGUCUGGACAAAGAAUGUCAACUCGGCCUUUAUCGGCACAGGCCUCGAGACUCUGCUGAGAGAAAAUGGUGUGCGACAGCUCGUCAUCUGCGGUCUCACGACCGACCACUGUGUCAGCACUUCCACGCGUAUGGCCUCCAACCUGAGGAUCGUCGACAUUCUUGGAGAGGACGGCAAGGUCCUGGAAGAGGGCGAGAUUGUGCUUGUAGGGGAUGCGUGCGCGACGUAUGCCAAGGGCGCAUUUGAUGCCGAGACGGUUCACCAGGUAAACCUCGCCAGUCUGGAUGGAGAGUUUGCGCGGGUUCAGGGCACAAGUCUUGUAAUUGAGAAAGUGCUGGCAGCUUGA